UCGAGAUACAGGGAGUAGCUACUGGUCGAAAGCAGUGGGAACUACUAGUAGUAAAACCAAAAAAAGAUACAGGGAGUAUAGACUUUUAUUUAAAAAUACUAAAAAAAAAGAAAAAAAGAAGCGCAUUCACUUUACAAGGUCAAAAUUAAACAACUUUGACCGUAGUUACCCCUCCCUUCUCCCUCACUCCAUAAUCCAUAGUCCAUACCUAGGGUUCUAUGUUUGUUCUUGGUUUGGGCGGGAAAAAAUUCUCAGAAUUUGAUAUUAACCCGUCUCUUCAAAAGUGAGAAGAAGAGAAGUUCACCAAAAUGGGGCAAAAACGAGAGGAAUACGCGCAUCACCCAGCUGCAGAUAAUCUAGUUACUCUUUUCACCAAAGCUAAUCACGAUCUCUCUCUCCUUCACUUUAAACUCGACAAAGAAUUCCAGCAAAUUUACCCAGAUAAUGCUAAUCCUAUGAAACUUGUGGGUCGGGUUAAGAAAAUUCAGGAUGAGCUUUCUUCUCUUAAAGAUCAGUGUCGCCAGCUUCUCGCUGCUAAGCAGGACUUAAUUGAUAAGGCGAGUUCCAUUCUUGUUGGAAACAGGAGUAUGGUGCAUCGCAUGCAAGCAUCCGUUGGCAUUCCAAUGACUAGUGAUUCUGAGGAUGCUGCCUUUUCCAGCUUUGAUCAGAUUAUCGAGGAGUGGACAACUCAUGUUAGAUCAAGAACAGGAGAUGGAGGUGACAGUGCGAUGCCAGAGGAUAUCAAUGAUUUGCUGUUUGCAUCAAUUGUUCGGAUCAAUUGAUGGCCUUGUUCUGCAUUUUUCUUGAUGUGGGUGUGAAUGAGCAAAAGUAUCCAAAAGCCUAGUGACAAAAGUGAUUAGUUGUGGAGUACAAAUUACAGGCAUUUUGCUUCUUCCCAUUUGGUUGUUGUCUUGUGUAUAUACUUGAUGAGUUUAUUAGCUUAAACGGGAUCCAUUGAUUCUGGAUCCCUUUGGCAAUUCUGUGAGGCUUUUAUAGAUGAUGUAGUGAGUGGAUUAGUAUUUCUAGGCUUGAGUACAUUGUUGUUCAUAUUUGUGAAUAGAUGCAUCAUUCACAAGCAUCUUUUGCUCUACUGAUAUCUGUGCACCAGUUUCUGGUUUCAUCUUCCUAUAUAGAUUGUAAGUGUCCAGUGUGUAGACUGUGUACUGAACCCCACCGAAACAUUGGAAGAAGAAUCUCUAUCGUUUAUGAUUGUA